AUGGCCCUAGUUUCUCUCAUCGCCACAUAUCCCGCCCUUCAAGUCGCCGCACAGCUCCAUCUCACGUCGAUCAACGUCCCACCCCCAGCGUCAUUCCUGCUGUUGCGAUCCAAGAUCAACCUCACCAGACGCCUCUUGCGUUUCUUCCGGUUCUUGGACCAGUUCAAGCUGGGGUGGGAUGUUUAUGCCUCUGGGAUACUGGAUUUCGAUGCGUUGCUUGAUGUGCUCUGCAAGACGUCCUUGGGCGUCUUUGGCAUGCUCGAGACGGUAACUCUGCUCGAUCUGCUCGAAAUAAACCAGAUGCAGAUAUUUGGACCCGAGCAAACUGCAAGCUUAAAUUACCAAGCUCAAUGGUUCUGGCUAGUUGCCUUGUGCAUCUCUCUCUUCCGCUCUGCCACUAGAUUAUUGCGCAUUCUUGGCAAUCAAGUGGCCCCCAGUCCCUCGUCUACUAACGAGAAAGAGAAAGACGCGCAGAAGGAAAGUGAACUUCAAGAUAGAGAUGAAUCUGCUCCAAAGAAGCCAAAUGAGAAUCAGGUAGAAAAGAGCAACAGACAGACAAAACCCGGGGAGCCUGUCUCGCCGCUGAUCCUGAAGCUCAUAUCUGACGCCAUGGACUUGCUUCUCCCAGCCUCUGCUGUUGGGCUGGUUCAAGUAGACUCUGAAGUGACUGCCGUUGCCAUGAUUAUCAGCACAGCAAUCACCGCCAACGAUGUAUGGGCUAGGUGCGGUAGGGAUAUGCGUCGUGGUUAA